CCUCGAGUCCCCGAGGCCGAGGCCAGAACAUGGACAUGCGCAUAAAUACGAGGGCUGCGGGCAACCAUCCCUGUCUGCAUCGCCCAAGACUCGCUCGAUCGCCCCAGUUGCCCUGCCCACGAUGAUUGCCAAGUCUGUCGCCUUCCUCGCUGCUGCCGCCUCGGCCUACGGCGCUUACCUCCCCUACAAGUGCGUUCCCAACCCCCCCACUCCCGGCUACUCCUUCGACCAUGUCGUCCUGAUCUCGGUCGAUGGCAUGCACCAGCUUGACCUGGUCAACUACGUUGCCGCCAAGCCCAACAGCGCCUUCGCCACCCUCGUCAACUCUGGCGUCCAGUUCACCAACGCCCAGACCAGCUUCCCCUCCGACUCGUUCCCUGGUCUUGCUGCCCAGCUCACCGGUGCCACCGUCAAGACCCACGGUGUCUGGUACGACGACUCGUACGAUACCUCCCUCUACGCCCCCCACUCCAACUGCACCGGAGGUGCUGGUACCGAGGUUCUCCUCGAUGAGACUGUCGACUACGACCUCUCCCUCGUCUCGGGCGGUGGCAUCAACCCUGCCAACCUCCCCAUGCGCCUCGACCAGUACGGCCAGUGCGUUCCCGUCUGGCCCCACGAGUACUUCACCGCCAACAACAUCUUCGAGAUCGUCAAGAAGUACGGCAAGGGCACCACCGCCUGGACCGACAAGCACCCCACCUACGAGUGGGUCAACGGUCCCUCGGGCACCGGCUGUGACGACACCUUCUUCCCCGAUAUCAACUCGGAUCCUUAUGGCACUGACAACGUCACCCUUGUCGGUCUUUACGACGAGCUCCACAUGAACGCCAUCCUCAACUGGAUCGGCGGCACCAAGGCCAACAGCUCUGGUGCUUUCAGCGUUCCUGCUGUCUUUGGCGGCAACCUCCAGUCCGUCUCCGUUGGCCAGAAGCUCACCGCCGGUGGUUACCUCAAUGCCAACGGCACCUUCACCGCCAUCCUCCAGGAGGGCCUCGACCACGCCGACUUUGUCCUCGGCAACAUCAUCCAGGCCCUCAAGACCGCCGGCAUCUACGAGCGCACCGUCAUCAUCGUCUCUGCCAAGCACGGCCAGUCCCCCAUCGACCCCGAGGCCGUCAUCAAGCUCGACCCCAACGCCCUCCAGGCCGGUGCCGGUGUCGAAGUUGCCCAGCUCACCUCUGAUGACGUUGCCCUCUUCUGGCUCAAGGACCCCACCCAGGCUGCCACCGCUGCCGCCAACCUCCAGGCCAACGGCACCUUCCAGAUCAACCAGAUCUGGUACGGCGAUGCUGCCAAGGCCCUCUUCGGCAACAACACCCGCACUCCCGAUGUCAUCAUCCAGCCCAACCACGGUGUCAUCUACUCGCUCUCUGGCGCCAAGCACGCCGAGCACGGUGGUGGCUCUGAUGACGAUCGCCACGUCCUCCUCGUUCUCUCCAACCCCACCUUCACCCCCCGCAGCGACAGCACCCCCGUCUUCACCACCCAGAUCGCCCCCACCAUCCUCAACCUCCUUGGUCUCCCCUACACCGACCUCGAUGGUGUCCAGAAGGAGGGCACCACUCUGCUCCCCCUGUAA